UCCUUUUGAGGAGAGCAGAAAUGUCCAGACAACCUGGUGCAGAGUGGCCGAAGACCAUGACAGGCCUCCCAAGCACAUCGGGAACUACUGCCAGCGUGGUAAUUAUCCGUGGGUCAAAGAUGUACGUGGCGCACGUUGGCGAUUCAGGAGUGGUGCUGGGAGUCCAGGAUGACCCCAAGGAUGACUUUGUGAGAGCUGUGGAGGUGACGCAGGACCACAAGCCUGAACUUCCCAAAGAAAGGGAGAGAAUUGAAGGCCUUGGCGGCAGUGUGAUCAACAAGUCUGGCGUGAAUCGGGUUGUUUGGAAGAGGCCUCGUCUGACCCACAACGGCCCCGUGCGCCGGAGCACUGUUAUCGACCAGAUCCCGUUCCUGGCAGUUGCGAGAGCGCUUGGUGACUUGUGGAGCUAUGACUUUUACAGUGGUGAAUUUGUUGUGUCUCCUGAACCUGACACUAGUGUGCACACAAUUGACCCCCAGAAGCACAAGUACAUUAUCCUUGGCAGUGAUGGACUGUGGAACAUGAUCCCUCCUCAAGAUGCUAUCUCUAUGUGCCAGGAUCACGAGGAGAAAAAAUACUUCAUGGGGGAGCACCGACAGUCUUGUGCCAAAAUGCUGGUGAACAGAGCGCUGGGCCGGUGGAGGCAGCGCAUGCUUCGCGCAGAUAACACUAGUGCCAUCGUAAUCUGCAUCUCACCGCUGCAGGAUAGUAAAAGCAACUUGGAAAACGAAGAGGAAUUGUAUCUCAAUUUGGCAGAGAGUCCCUGCUAUAGCAGUCCUGACACGAAUAUGAUGACGCCCUCCCACUGCUGUACCCCACCUGUCAAGCUUUUAGAGGAUGAUCCAUGGCCACGACUGAAUGCUUCUGAAUCUGUUCCUUCCCUCACGCACAGCAACACGAUCUCAGAAAAAUAUUUAGAGCUGCAGGAGAAGUGCAGCAAGGCAUUGGCUUUGAGGAUACAUGAAUCUUACGCUAAUGGUUUGUCAGUUAGUCUCUCCCCUUCUAACUCGGCAAAUUCAGGCACGGACCAAAAAGGCUUCAAGGUGUCUCCUAACAGCCAAACAAAAGCCCAAGAUGCAGAGAGGACACCCACAGCAAACUUUAAAAGGACAUUAGAAGAAUCCAACUCUGGCCCUGCCAUGAAGAAGCCAAGACGUAGCCUGAGUCGAAACAUUAGUGUCCAGCCAGAAGGCAUGUCCGCAACUCCACAGCGCAAAAACUCAAACAAGCUGACCAUGCGACGCAGCCUUCGGGGCCAGAAGAAGCUCAGCAGCUCACUCUUCCACCCACCCAGGAAGGCGGUCUGUGUUUGCUGAAGGGCGUUUGUGUAAGGAAGCGUAUUUUGGUCUGAUUAGAUUUUAAAGUCAGUGCAGAAGUUUGACACUCUUCCUGUUUAUCUUUUUUUAAAGUAGAAACUUUUUUUGGUAUCAAACAGCUUUAUCCCAGCCUUGUACUUGCUUGUAUUAUAACUGUGAAUUUUGUAGAUGUGUAGGGUAUAAGUCACUGUAUAAUGUGUGUAAAUUUGUAUUCCUUCAUAUAAGUGUAGUCUCUUUUCUUCCUUGUAUAAUUGUUACAGCGGGCCUAAACCUUGUUUUAAAAAAAAAAAAACAAAAACAAAAAACAAAUUUUUUUUGUUAAUUUACUAAAGUCAUGAAUUUGUAUAAGCUUCUGGUGAUGAGAAUUUCACAACUUUUUAACUAAAGUAAAUUAUUAAACAGAUGGAAGAUAUGUAUUUUCAUAGUACUAUACGUUCCACCUAAAGUGUGUCUUUUAGAGAAUACACUAGGUCUAUAUUUUGUUUUUAAAUUCUAGAUUUCUCUACUCAGAAAUGAAAUGUAACGUGGAAGCCGAGAUGUUGAGUCUUGCUUUACACAGCUCAAUGUCAAUUUCUUUCUGUUAAUUAAAAUACUAUGCAGUAUCUUAUUUAGUUGUAUUUUUUGUAACCUUAAUCGUCAAAAGUAUUUAGCAAAAAAGUGUGUGUUUUAAAAAUCCAACCUCCGAGAGCAUCCUAUAAAGCCAAUCCCACCCCAUGUUAUAAACGAUGGCAUUUUUAUCCAGGCAUAAAUGUAUGCCCUACAGAGGCAUGAUUUUUCUGCUAUUCUAAUAACUGAUGGUGCUGCUAAUACCUUUCAACCUAAGUUCUUAAAUUAUUUUAUGACAGUUUUCAUUGAAUAUGUGGACCAUGUGUAUGUUCACCUAAAUAAAACAAAUGAAAACUUGA